AUGUCGGGAUUCGACAGCAACCCCUUCGCGGACCCGGUGGACGUGAACCCCUUCCAGGAUGCCUCAGUCACACAAGCCACCAGCGGGGCCGCUGAAAUCACCGGGGAGUUCAACCCCUUCUCUACCACUGAAAUGGGAAAUCACACUGGCACGACCAUCCCCAUCUCUUCUGGCUCCACUCAACCUGCCAUACUAGAGACCUCAGUGGAGCCCAGCGCACAAGCAGCUGUGACCGCUGCUGCCCAGGUGAGCCUGGUCAAACAGCAGGAGGAGCUGGAGAAGAAGGCGGCUGAGCUGGAGCGGAAGGAGAAUGAGCUACAGAACAGGACGGCAGGCCGAACCAACACUGGCACUAAAGAGAACAACUGGCCGCCUCUGCCCAGCUUCUCCCCGGUGAAGCCCUGCUUCUAUCAGGACUUUGAUGAGGAUAUCCCUGAGGAGUACCACAGGAUCUGCAAGAGGAUGUACUACCUCUGGAUGUUCCACAGCGCCACUCUCUUCCUCAACGUGCUGGCCUGCCUGGCUUACUUCACUGUAGACCCUGGGAACGGGGUGGACUUCGGUCUGUCCAUCCUCUGGUUCCUCCUCUUCACCCCGGUGUCCUUCGUCUGCUGGUACAGGCCGGUCUACAGAGCCUUCAGGUCUGACAGCUCCUUCAGCUUCUUCUUCUUCUUUUUCGUGUUCUUCUUCCAAGUGGCGGUUUACGUCAUCCAAACCGUGGGGAUCCCCAAGUGGGGAAACAGUGGAUGGAUCACAGCAAUCAGCAUGGUCCGCUCCAAUUUGGCUGUGGCCGUGGUUAUGAUGGUGGUCGCUGGUUUCUUCACUGUAAACUCUGUCCUGGGUAUCAUCUUACUGAAAAUGGUCCACUCUAAGUACAGACGGACAGGAGCCAGCUUCACCAAGGCUCAGCAGGAGUUCUCCCACGGAGUCCUGACCAACAGAAAUGUCCAGGCGGCUGCAGCCGGUGCUGCCACCUCUGCUGCACAGGGAGCCUUUGCCUCUGGGUAG